CAUUUUAAAACCUUCAAAUUUUCUCUUCCUCCAAGGAGAGACAAUGAAGUAACGAAGAAGAAAUACAAAUUCCACAAUUCCAAAUUCCCAACUACGCAUUUCAAAGUCUACACACCUCCAAAUUCCACCCCAUGCUGAGGAACUUCUCAACCUUUCUUCUUCUUCUCUCCUUCCAUGGCCGAAACGGUUGAAGCAACUUCUUCCCUUAACUCCAAACCCAGAAGUAGAAGAAGAAACAGCACCAACCCCUCUUGUUUAUCCUUCACUGCUUGUUUUGGAACUUCCGUUGGAGUCACGGAGCCGUAUGAGAAAAACCCACCGGAAGGUUUCAAGUCCCGUGGCCGGAAAAAGAGUCUCAGCUGGUUUUCAUGGUCAAGGCUCCGGAUCAAGAAAUCAGCUACCAAGACUGUUCCUGUUGAUUCUUCUAAUAACAAAGAGCUCCAACAACGAGAUUCCGGUGACAUCGUUGACUGGAAAUCGACAAUUGUAGAGAAGAACCCGGAAAAAACUGUUGUGAUAGAUCAGAGUGAGAUUCAAAAAGCUAAGAAGGAAAAGCAAGGAAACUUUCACAACACCAUCCUCGAGUAUCGUGCCAAAGUGGAUGCAAUAUCUGACACGUCUCCAAAGUCAAUAGUCAUUGGCCGGAAAAUUGAACCUCCAAAUUCCGGCAGCCAAUCCACUUCACCAAUUCACAAUCCAAAUCGUAGUAAGCUUCUAAUGAACUGCCAAUCACUGCCACCCAUAUCUUUCAAUGGCCGGAAACUGACGGCCCUCGUCGGAAGUUUUAAAACUCAGGCAAAAAAACCUGCAUCACAGGGGAAAUCACCUACCGGAAAGUUUGAUCCGAUGGCUGGGUUGUUAGUCUUGGUGGUGGCUCUAGCCUUAUUGUUGAUAUGUGGUCGCGUGUGUGCAAUCCUUUGCACUUCAUUGUGGUUUUAUGCCGUCCCUCGCCUUAUAGCCACCAAAUCCGACGACGGCGCCGCCGCAAAUGGACCGAUUUCUGAAUUACCGGAUUUUAAUUCGGAAGCGUACAAGAAGAAGGUGAUCUUAGAAGGAUGGUUAGAGAGGAAUCACCGGCAUGCCGGCGCCGGCGUUGGCGUUCAUGUUAGCCAAUCUCCAUAGUGGCAGCUAAGAUGAGCACGUGACACAAAUUUUCUUUUGUUUGGGUUUUUUUCUGUAAAUUUGGGGCAAUAAAGGGGCUAAUUAUGUAAAGGUAUAGAUUCUAGAAGAUAUUGGUAGACCAUCAAGUGAAACAUAGACUUUUAUUUAUUUGUUUUUUUUUUCUUGUGGAAAUGCCCGUCAGUUUGGGUUGUUUGAUUUUUUAACGUGUGACCUAUUAAAAGAUUUUUUUUUUUAAUUUUUUAAUUCAAUUUUUGUAAUAUAAAAUUAAGAGAUAAUGUUUGGACUUUGGGCAUA